AACAUUCAUUUUGCAACGUGUUUUCCUCUCACAUAGUGUGCAUUUGCUCAAAAGGAAGUAUAACGCGUCAGUUUUAUCAAGGAUAUUACACAUUUUAUUCAUUUAUGCCAGGUUUGAUGUUGUUAUUUUUUGCAAAGCUUCGUUUUUGGCGUGUUCUCAUGUGGAAGGGACCUGCGUGUGCGUACGAGAAGGUGUAUCCAUUAUGCGCGCCUCUGUGCGGUGGUCUGGUGCGGUAAACGCCCUGUGAGAGAUUUCUGAGAGGUGGUGUCAUCUUUUAGGGCCAGAAGAUAAAUAGAAAGCUGCAAUCACUUAACUAUAACUCAGCCUGAGCUGCUUGUAAGCUACCCGAAAGAGGCGUUCGGGAAUCAUAUGACCUGCUGCCGUUCAUUCCAAAGAUACCGGAAAGAGCGCUCGCUCCCGCUGCUUUUGCGCUCUUUCAAACCACACUCUUCGGAAAGGGAUACAUUUGGAGGAUGUACAACACCGCAGAACAACAGAAAGAAGUUGAAUAUUAGGAUAAGAAAUACUGCUCUUUAUUUGUAACGGAUAUAUAUAUAUAUAUAUAUAUAUAUUACAGUUGAGAAGGGACACUGAUAGAGCAAAAAUGCCGGAGGAAAAAGUAUUUCACCAGCAGGCUGUCCACAGCCCUCUGGAGCAGGCGAAGCAGGGCGGCGGCGGCAGCAGCAGCUCUGUCCCCUGUCAGAACUGUGGCAAGGCCUGCAAGGGAGAGGUGCUGCGCGUGCAGAAUAAACACUUCCACAUCAAGUGCUUUGUCUGCAAAGUGUGUGGCGUUGACCUGGCCCAGGGGGGGUUCUUUGUGCGUCAGGGGGAGUACAUCUGCACCCUGGACUACCAGCGGAUGUACGGCACGCGCUGCUUCAGCUGUGAGGAGUUCAUCGAGGGAGAGGUGGUGUCAGCGCUGGGAAAGACCUACCACCCACGCUGCUUCGUCUGCGUCACCUGCAAACAGCCGUUUCCUGCCGGUGACCGUGUGACUUUUAACGGUAAAGAGUGUGUCUGCCAAAACUGUACACAGCCCCAGUCUGCCAACAGCCCUGCUCCCAUACAGGCUGUCCACAACUGCUGUGGCUGUGGGAAGGAGUUUAAGAAUGAGCAGUCUCUUGUAGCGCUGGAUAAACACUGGCACCUGGGCUGCUUCAAGUGUAAGGUCUGCAACAAGGUGCUCAACGCCGAGUACAUCAGCAAGGAUGGGAUCCCCUACUGCGAGGUGGACUACCAUGCCAUGUACGGUAUCCAGUGUGACAGCUGCAAGAAGUACAUCACUGGGAAAGUACUGGAGGCUGGGGAGAAACACUACCACCCCUCAUGUGCCCGCUGUGCCAGGUGUGAGCAGAUGUUUGGAGAGGGAGAGGAGAUGUACCUGCAAGGUAACUCCAUCUGGCAUCCUCCUUGCAGACAGGCAGCCAGACAGGAGGAAAAGAGUAAGAAGCAGGUCCGGAUACAGCUCAAUGACGUCCCUGAGCAGCAGGUGAGCAGGACAUCCUCUGAGAGCAUCACCUCUGUCCCAGCCUCCAGUGCAUCUGGUUCUCCUAACAGGGUCAUCUAUGCCAAACUAGGAGAUGAGAUGCUGGACUACAAAGACCUUGCUGCUCUGCCAAAGAUCAAAGCGAUCUACAACAUCGACCGGCCAGACAUGCUCUCCUACAGUCCCUACGUCAGCUACCCCUCAGAGGAACGACACUACGGAGAGGGUGACGGAGAGAAGUCUCCUCGUCAGAGGAGGCCCUCCAGCCCCAGCUCCAACAGCUCCCAGGGGAAGUAUGGAGGGUACACCCCUUCUCGCUCCCCCCAGAACUACAGCAGGCCGGAGGAUCUUUAUAUGGCCUUUAAAGCAAUGGGUAAUAGAUAUGGCCAGGCCCUUCCCCACCCCUCAGCCUACACGGGGGGGCCUAAGUACCUCUCCUCCUUGGCUAGGGACUCCUCCUCCCUUCCCAUGGACUACUCAAGGGCUCUACCUCCCAAGUUCCCUGGGGGACUGCAGGUGCCUGGGGCGUUGACACAGCCUGGUAAAAUGUCUCCCGGUGGCCGAAUCUCUCCUGGAGGUAGAAACUCUCCUCUGCCCCUCAACCCUACCACCCUGGCCAUGCUCCAGCAGCACAACUAUGUGCCCUGUUUCAGAGGCCUCAAACAGGACCCCCUACUACCACCUGAAUCUCAACCUAAGACGUCCCUGCAUCUCAAUUUACCUCCUCACGGUCACGGUAGUGAAAGUGGUCGGAGUACCCCCAGUUUGUCCACGUAUUCCGAUGGCAAAUCUCCCUCCUUCACCUAUGUGGCUACUCCCAGGCAUUUCCACGUACCAGAGACUACGGUCAAGAUAGAUAAUAUCUAUAGAAAACCCCCUAUCUACAGACAGCAUGCCUCUAGAACUUCCUGGCAAGAAGGAGACGACAUUAAGACAAGGACCAGUUGGAUGAUCUUGAAGAGUGAGAUAGACGGUGAGCCCCUCCCAGAGUACCUGCUGGACCCCAGGAAGUCUACCUGCAGCCUGCCCACUGACACCGCCCGGACCAACUUCCCAUACAAUAAGUGUGCUUCCCUGCCAGGAUAUGGAAGGAAUGGCAUAUACAAGGAGGUUGCCGACCAUGUUGAGGUUGACCCAGACCAGCAGGACUCCCACAGCUGGGGAGGAAUGAGAGAGUACAAGGUGUACCCCUAUGAGGUGCUGUCUGUGACCCACAGGGUGAGGGUGAAGCUACCCAGAGAUGUGGACCGUACCAGACUGGAGAGACACCUCUCCCCAGAGGACUUCCACCAUGUGUUUGGGAUGACCCUGAAUCAGUUUGACCGCAUGGCCCUGUGGAAGAAGAACGACAUGAAAAAGAAGGCACGCCUUUUCUAAAGCCAAGCAGAAGAACGGGAGAAAAAGAAUUCUAACAUCUCCAGUCUACAACGUCUGUCCUGUCUGGAAGAAAGGAAGACAGAAGAAGAAAAAAAACAUCUGAAAUAAUCUACAUAUGCACCGUUACGUUACAACUGAGAAACAUCUCAUCUCAACCAGAAUGAGGAGUGGUGGGGGUACUCAAUGGAAAUGGUUUCACAAUGUCGCUGUAACCGACAUCCAACGUUGAGGCGAUGUUCGUCACCUAUAGCUUUUGUAUGCGAAUGGUCUGAAUGUUACUGUGAUCACCUUUAAGGGAGGUAAGGGAGAUGCAUUUACAUGGCCUGUGACACCAGUCCUCCUCCAAUCCUCUUCUUCUCUAAUCCCUCUAUGCGAGGUCUGCAUCCCGCUCUCCCUUCCUCUGCAAAAAAAGAGAAAUAGCAGCUUUUCUAAAAUUCAUGUGCAGGCUUUUUCCCCUUUGUUUCUGUGUUUCUCACUGGUUUCAUGUGUGUUCCUUUUACUGUGUUUGUCUCCACUUGGAACGGUUUAGUUCUUCCCUCUUUUAUCGUUCCUUUCACUGUUUUUCUAAGGUCUCACUCUCUUGCUUCAUCUUUCCUUAUCUACCGUCUUGUUUAACGUCUCUCUCUUUCUUUCUCUUUCUCUCUCUCUUUCCCUCUUUCUCCUCUCUCUCUCCUCUCUCUUUCUCCUCUCUCUCUCAUCCCACCUCUCCUUCUCUCUCUCAUCUCUCCUCUCUCUCCUCUCCCCUCUCUCUCUUUCCCUCUCUCUCCUCUCUCUCUCUCUCUCUCUCUCUCUCUCUUUCUCCUCUCUCUCUCAUCCCACCUCUCCUCUCUCUCUCUCCUCUCUCUCAUCUCUCCUCUCUCUCCUCUCCCCUCUCUCUCCUCUCCCCUCUCUCUCCUCUCUCUCUGUCUCUCUCUCUCUCUCUCUCUCUCCUCUCUCUCUCAUCCCACCUCUCCUUACCUCUCCUCUUACAAUUUUUCACUCCUAUCUCCUUUUCCUUCCUUCAUUUUCAUUCCUUAUCCUCCCUUUCCCCACUGUAGCCUGUUCUAGCCUCUAACCCACCACAGAUUAUAGUCUCAUAUCUAAACAACAGAUGUAUCAUUUUACAGCAGUGGAGGGCAUGGCUACUCAUAACACUGCUGCAUGACAAGGCCAAAGACUGCCAUAGGAAACUACUACAGUUUGACUUCAGAAAACGGCAAAGCACCUUACUAUAUUUGUGUUUGUUUUCUCUUCAUAGAAAUUGAGAGAAAUCUUAAGUAAAGAUAAGAAAAUAUGUUUUAAGUUGGUAGUUUAUUUGAUAGCUGUGAUUUGUUACAACAAGCCACUCGUAAAUCAGUGAAGGUAGGAGAGUUGAGGUUGGAUCAGGGACAGCAGCGAGAAUCAUGGGUACUGGCUCUAGCGUUGGCACCACUGACACCCAUAGCAGAUGUGUAGAGCAUCACGUUCUUUCAAGUCAUGUUGUCAAACACCGCAUUGCCAGACACUUUUAUGUACAUGCCCUCCCAUCAAAAAAACUAAAUUAUUUUUGUAAGCUAUUUUUGACUUGUGGAAUCGUUGUCAGACGUUUUUAUGAAUGCUUUCAGAUCAUUUUCAGAUGAGUUAAGACACUUAUUAUGCCACGCUUAUCUGUUCGUUGUUACCACACUAUCUAACACAGACCUGCAGCAGCACUGAAGCAUAACGAGUUAAGUAUUGCUUAAUUAAUAAUGAGCUCUAUCUAUACCUCCUUCUGUGAUAGACAAUUAACCCUUUCUAUGUUUGUUCUUUAUAACCCAUUUGGCAUCAGCUGUCACAAACAGUAUGUAGUGGAAAUACAUACAUUGGCUUUGCUUCGUCUCAUUCAACUGCAAGCAGUAUGUGACACAUACUGUAUGUAUUUGUCUCAGAGUUUGUUAUGCAAGCCAAGGUAUAUGUUGCCCUUAGCACAUGCUGAGAGAUUGAGGUCAUCUACAAUGGAAAUGCAUGAAAGUGUGUGCUUGUUUUCUCGAUGUUGUUGAUCAUUUUGGUUCAUUCUUUUACACACACAACACAACUUUUGUCCGAUGAAAAGCCCAAUUCAGCUGCUUUAAUGUUCAAAAUGUAUUUAUCGACAUUUCAAGGGAGGAUGGGGAUGGUAUCUUUAAAUCUAAUGGGGAGUGGCAAAAAUACAGUCAAUCUGAAUUCAUUUCAAAUUUCAUUUAGCUCCUUCUGUAAGUAAGACUAAAUAAAAGCUCAUGUCUGAUUUCUAAUGUCAAUCUGCAAUUAAAGUGCUUUAUCGAAACAAAAGGAGACCACAGCAAAUUGAAGUGCUUGAGUGUGCCUCGUUGAAUGUGAAUGGUUAUAAAGUUACUAAAUGCAUUGUCUAAAAUCUAGUGUCUGCUUUAUCGAACUAUGAUUUAUAAAGUUGAGUUUGGAAGAGUGAUUUGUGUAUGAAUGUGUGUGUAGUUAAGUUGUACAGUUAGUUUAAAUAAAAUAAUAAAUACAAUUUAAAAAAAUGUUUGCACGCAUGACCGUAAAUCGAUUGGAUAAAAGUGUCAGUUAGAUGGCAUAUUACUAUGAAUAGAGUUCAAACCAGACUCUGAUUGGUUAAGUCAAAUUACCUUUGGGGCUUGUUGACCAUCUGGCAAAGUGGCUCACCGUUACAACAUUAUUGUAACAUUGAAAGAAUGUUGAUGUAACGUUAUCAAUGGUGAGGAGGGUUUUCCCACCAUGGAGGGCUGUUGGGAAAGACUGUGUUUGUUGUCUUAUUUGAACAGCUGUGGAAACCAUAGUGUUCCCCAGAAGGCAGAAACUAAGGACCAGAUAUCCAGCCAGGUCUGAGCUCCGAACUUGCCCUUAGAUACAGAUCUAGGAUCGGAUUUAAUUCUCCAAAUCCUAACCUUAACCAUUAGGGGGGAAAUGCAAAACUGCCCGUAGAUCAGUCAGUGUCUAGGGGCAAGUUCAUUCUGUCUUGCUCGUAGGUCAGGACAGAUCAGCAGAGCUCAGAUAGACCAGAUAGUUGAAGCUAGGCCAGAUUACACAACCAGAGCCCCUUUCAUCAUCUCUUUAGACAAACAAGCCUUCCACACAGCGUAAACAGCAGCGAGUCUCCCUCACAUCUAGGUCAAUAUAGUGUUGGAUUCACAACUUUAUAGUACAGGGCAUCAGAGCAAGCUGCCCAUAGAUGCAAUCUGAUUUAUUGUUGUUCUGCCUUUAAUAUAGAGACAUAAUGAGACUUAACAUCUUGUCAAUGAGUGAGUACCCAUGUUAUUGCUUGUUUGAUUGUAAUAAAAGGUAUUUAUGAAUACCGUUCUGUAUACAGGUGUACUCAUUGCGCCCCAACAGUCACAGAAAAGUGCCGUAGGCUACUUUUUGUUGUUGUAGAAUGUCCCUUUAUAAUAUUGCAUUGACCCAAAUGUUAUGGAAUGAUUAGUCUUUAUCAAAUAGGAUUUGAUUCCUUCUUUUAACUUAAUGGCUCGGCUUAACGCAAAGCCUCCUCUCUCCAAGCGCACAAUUAGAAUGAUGCUGGCGUUGCUGUUUUGCAACAUGAAGAAUAUGUUCAAAUGAAUUUGGUUCUGUCAUCUUUUAUUUUGCAUUGUCUGUGUAAACCUUUAAGAUCCUACUAAAUAAGUAUUCUAAUUCCUAAUUAUAUGGUGUGGACAUACAAAGAACUGUGUAACCAACGGAUACCAUAUGCUAUGAUUUUAUGUAUACUGAACAAAAAUAUAAACGCAACAUGCAACAAUUUCAAAGAUUUUACUGAGUUACAGUUCAUAUAAGGAAAUCAGUCAAUUGAAAUAAAUUCAUUAGGCCCUAAUCUAUUAAUUUCACAUGACUGGGCAAUGGUGCAGCCAUGGGUGGGCCCGGGAGGACAUAGGCCCACCAUCUUGGGAGACAGGCCCACCCACUGGGGAGCCAGGCCCAGCCAAUCAGAAUUAGUUUUUCCCCCACAAAAGGGCUUUAUUAACAACAGAAAUACUCCUCAGCACCCCGUCAGACUAUCACGCAGAUAAGGAAGCUGGAUGUGGAGGUCCUGGGGUGGUGUGGUUACUUGUGGGCUGCGGAUUUGAGGCCGGUUGGACGUACUGCCAAAUUCUCUAAAAUGACGUUGGAGGCGGCUAAUGGUAGAGAAAUGAACAUUCAGCAACUCUGGAAAUUCCUGCCAAUUGCACGCUCCCUCAAAACUGUGUUGUGACAUCUGUGUUGUGUGACAAAACUGCACAUUUUAGAGUGGACUUUUAUUGUCCCCAGCACAAGGUGCACCUGUGUAAUGAUCAUGUUGUUUUAUCAGCUUCUUGAUAUUCCACACCUGUCAGGUGGAUGGAUGAUCUUGGCAAAGGAGAAAUGCGCACUAACAAGGAUGUAAACAAAUUUGUGCUCAAAUUUAGAGAGGGGGAAAAAAGCGUUUUGUGCGUAUGGAACAUUUCUGCGAUAUUUUAUUUUAGCUCAUGAAACAUGGGACCAACACUUUACAUGUUGCGUUUACAUUUUUGUUCAGUGUAGUUGUGGCUCAGUGGAGGAUGAUUAAGAGGAUGAAGAAAUGGGUUGAAAUUAUUAUUACGCUGUAACUAAGCCUUUUGUUUUGCUUUUGUUGAUUUUCCUUCUUAUUUUGCUUCACUGGUUUGCAAGAAAUACUGAUGUCCAUCUUUAAAUAAAUGUUUCAUUCAGUACCA